GUGAUCCCAGAGGCAACUCUAAAAAAUAAGAAGACGACCUUGCCAGGGCCAUGGAGAGCUUCUCGGAAACGCAGUGGCUCUGCUCCAGGCCAACAAGCAGCCGAGAGAUUGUUCAUGGUUCAUGGCCAGGCUGCCCAUAGACCCGAUUACACCAGGGUCUCUGAGUGUGUUGCACUGAAGCUUUUCAAGGAGUUCAAGGAAGGCAGAAAUAGACCAAAAGACCCUAAGGGGAGGACAUUUCCAAUUCCUCAGGCUAUUAUCAUGACGUAUGGUCAUAUUAAACAAUUAAUUGAGGAUUGCCAACAAAUCCUGCAAAGCACCAACCUGGUACUGGUGACCAUAAAUAAUACAACAGUCUCUUCUUGGCUGCAGGAUCGGCAGAAGAGGGCCGACCGCGAUUCUCUGCUUCAAGGGGUGGAGCUUCCUCAGCAGGUCCACGUGGCCGAGGAAUCCCUCCUGGAGGCCCUGGACCUACCAUCUGAGCCUGUUCCACAUGGGCAUGCAGAUCUGGAGUUCGAGGAACCUGACAACCGUGAGGGUGAGGCGGUGAUUCGGCGACGCCGACGCAAAACUCAGGUUUCCAGCGAAGACGCUGGAGGAGAUGAUGCUUGGACUGUUCCUUUCCCCUCUUCAUCUGACCUAGCCUAUUCUGCCUCCAACACCGGAGUCUCAGUAUCAGGCCUGGGCCUCUUACCAACGGCCUCCAGCCUCUCACUCUCAGGGCUGGUCGGGGCCCUCAUAUCAGACGCCGCCACCACCACCAGCAGCCCACUUUCAGAGCUGGUCCUCAAACCUGCCGCCUCCAGCAGCUCACUCUCAGGGCUCUUACCAGCUGCCACCAGUGCCAGAUUCUCCACCUCAAGACGGACCUUCUAA